AUGGCACAACAACUUUUAGAUGACUUAAAAAUUUGUUUAAAUCAAGACAUUAACGAUAAAAAUGUUAUUUCUGAUAUUAGAAAUAUUAUUAAAUUACUUGUAAAACAAACACGACAAGCAUAUAGCCAAAAGGAUUUUUAUCUUAUAGAUGAUAUAACGAAAACAGUAAUUCAAACAAUUUCAAUAAUGAAAGAACGAAUUAUUCUUGUAAUUGGGUAUAUUGUAGGUAUUUUCUAUCAUGCACGUAAUUACAAAGAAGCUAUUGACUGUGUAUCAUCUUAUUUCAAUAAAAUAGACUAUAAUUUAUUUAUUAAUGAAAGAGACCGUGGAAUAUUUGGAUAUUGUUAUGGAUUAAUUUCAGUUAAAAUAGGAAAUUACAAAGGAGCAGCAGAAGCUUUAGAAAAGGCAUAUCUUGUUGCAAAUGAUAAAUUUAAGAAACAAAUUUUAAUGUAUCUCGUUCCAUUGAAAUUACGUUGUGGAAUGUAUCUUCCAAUGGAAGAAAUGAAAAAGUAUGGAAAUAAGAUAUUAAUUGAUUUAUCAAAUGCAGUCAAUAGAGGUGAUGUUAGUUUGUAUGAGAAAGUUAUUAAUAAAUAUGAUUUAGAAUUUGUUCAAAUUGGAAUAUUAGAAUUGGUUGAAACAUUACGCUUAAUUGUUUAUCGUAAUCUUUUAGAAAUUAUCUUUACAACAAAGAAAACAACAAAACUUCACCUUCAGGUUAUUAUUGACACAUUAAUAUCUUUAGGUGUAACAGAAAUUUCAUUGGUUGAUAUAGCAAAUAUAUUAACAAAUAUGGCAUUAAAUGGUAUUUUAAUUGGGGCAGUUUAUAUUGGAAUGAAAGCUAUUGCUGCUUCACCGACAAACCCAUUAAGAUUUUAUCAAUAUUAA